AUGCACGUGGGCUGGAAUCCAAGGGUGUCACAUGCACCCAACAACGAAUACGGUAAUGUGACAAGUCUGUGGGAGAGCUUUGAAAAUCCAACUGAUACGUUUCUUCCAGGCAUGUUGUUGCGUGGAGACAUGAAUUUGACUUCUUGGAGAGACCGUGAUGACCCUGGAAGCGGGAGCUUCACGUUUAUGCUAGAUACAGCCGGAAAAACAACUGUACAAAAUUGUGAGCCUUGUGGGACAAACAUGAUCCCUUAUCCACUUAGCACUAGCUCAAAUUGUGGUGAUCCUAUGUACUUCAGUUUCAAUUGCAACACUACCUCUGGCCAGGUUAGCUUCAAGGCCCUCAGUGGGACAUAUCGAGUCACUAGUAUCGAUCAAAAUACAUCAAAGUUUUUUAUCCAAGUCAAGGAUGUAGAUAGUCUGCGGCUAAACCAGUCAUUUGCAUUUAAUCUAACUACUCCAAGAAACUCUAGUUCCAAUGUUUCGUCUAGAGUUACAGAUGAUGUUAAGAUUGUUUGGGAGCCAUCACUGGAGGCAAUCUGCAAUUUAUCUGCAGAUUGCGAGGAUUGGCCACAUUCAACUUGUAAAUCAGCAAGUGAUGGGAAGAGGAGGUGCCUUUGCACUAUAAGCUUUCGAUGGGAUGGCACAAAGUUAAGUUGUACACAAGUUUCUUCACCAUCAGAAAAAGGAAUGAUAUUGCUUCUGAUUGCUGGAAUAACUAGUGUGAUUGUUCUCUGUGCCAUGACUUUUAUCUACAUAUGGCGAAGAAAGAUGACCAAGAGACAAGAAAAUAGACAAAUUGACCAAAGAAAUCGAGUACAACGCAUGUUAUAUAGUGAAAGCUAUGUCCAAGACUUGAUAGAUUCAGGUGAGUUCCAAGAAGAAGAUGAGAAAGGUAUAGAUGUACCUUUUUAUGAUUUGGAAAGCAUACGAAUUGCUACUAAUAACUUCUCAGAUGAAAACAAGCUUGGACAAGGAGGCUAUGGGCUUGUUUACAAGGGUAAGCUUCCAAGUGGUCAAGAAAUUGCUGUAAAGAGACUUUCAAGUGUCUCAGGUCAAGGUCUACUAGAAUUUAAGAAUGAGGUGGUAUUGAUUGCAAAACUUCAGCAUCGGAACCUCGCCAGACUCUAUGGAUAUUGCAUAUAA